CCUUUCUUCGACCCCUGGCGGGAAGGGCGGGGUCUGGGUCUGAAGGAGGAUGGGUUUAGGAAGGCGUCGGGUAGCGGGGACUCCUCGGCUUCUUCUCUAGAGCCAAGCUUGGCGGGCUCUCUCGGUCCCUGGGCGGCCAUGGAGUCCACACUGGGCGCGGGCAUCGCGAUGGCCGCAGCGUUGCAGAACCAGCUGCCCUGGCUAGAGAACGUGUGGCUCUGGGUCACCUUUCUUGGCGAUCCCAAGAGCCUCUUUGUGUUCUACUUCCCCGCGGCCUACUAUAUCUCUCGCCGUGUGGGCAUCUCGGUGCUCUGGAUCAGCUUCAUCACUGAGUGGCUCAACCUCGUCUUCAAGUGGUUUCUGUUUGGAGACAGGCCCUUCUGGUGGGUGCAUGAGUCUGGGUACUACAGCCAGGCUCCAGUUAAGGUUCACCAGUUCCCUUCUUCUUGUGAAACCGGUCCAGGGAGCCCUUCUGGUCACUGCAUGAUCACAGGAGCAGCCCUGUGGCCCAUUAUGACGGCCCUCUCUGCCCAGGUGGCCACUCGGACCCGCAGCCGCUGGGUAAGGGUGAUUCCUAGCCUGGCUUACUGCACCUUCCUAUUGGCAGUCGGCUUAUCCCGGGUCUUCCUCUUAGCACAUUUCCCUCACCAGGUGUUGGGCGGCCUAGUAACUGGUGCAGUCUUGGGUUGGCUGAUGACCCCUCGGGUGCCCAUGGAGCGGGAGCUCAGCUUCUAUGGGUUGACUGCCUUGGUCCUAAUGCUGGGUGCCAGCCUCAUCUACUGGACUCUGUUUACGCUGGGCUUGGAUCUUUCCUGGUCCAUCAACCUGGCCUCCAAGUGGUGUGAGCGGCCAGAGUGGGUGCACAUGGAUAGCCGGCCCUUUGCCUCGCUGAGCCGUGACUCAGGAGCAGCCCUAGGUCUGGGCAUUGCUCUGCACUCUCCUUGCUAUGCCCAGUUCCGACGGGCACAUCUGGGAAAUGGUCAGAAGAUAGUCUGCUUUGUGCUCGCCAUGGGACUGCUGGGCUCCCUGGACUGGGUGGGCCACCCCCCUCAGAUCAGCCUCUUCUACAUCUUCAACUUCCUCAAGUACACCCUCUGGCCAUGCCUGGUCCUGGCUCUUGUGCCCUGGGUGGUGCAUACAUUCAGUGCCCAGGAAGUGCCACCCAUCCGCUCUUCCUGAGCUCUCUGCCUUCUGUUACUUUCCCUCCCUCAAAGGCAACACUCCAUGACCACACUUCAGGAGGCAGCCCUGGCCCCUCCCAGUAGGCCCUGUUCACACUGAAUUUUAUCUCUCUCAUACCCUCGUACCCUCGUUUUAGCUCCCUUUAAAGAAGGACCUGCUCCCAGGGAGGGUAAGCCUCCGGCCUUUUCCCCAGGUCCCAAAGAGAAAAACAGCAGCAAGAUCCAGGGGUUCCUGUUACACGGUUAAGAGUGACUCAGGAGGGCUCCAAUAAAGCUCUUGAGAGUU